AUGGCUAAAGGAUGGAAGCUCACGAAGUUCAAGUCAGCCGUCCUCAAGAAAAUGCAGUCUUUCAAGCUCAGCCGCGGUACAGGCGGCGGAAGCUCCGUCGUCGUCGCCACCACCAACUCCUUCUCCGACGACGAGCACUGCUCCGGCCCUUACAGCGCUGCCGCCUCUUCUAAGGACCUCCACCCGGUGUACGUGGGCAAGUCUCGCCGCCGGUACCUGGUCGGCUCCGACAUUAUCGACCACCCCCUGUUCCGCGAACUGGCGGAGCGGUCCGGCAGCUACUCCGACGAGUCCAUCGCCGUCAGAUGCGAAGUGGUGCUGUUCGAACACUUGCUGUGGAUGCUCGAGAAUGCCGAUCCCCAGCCGGAAUCCCUGGACGAGCUUGUCGAGUGUAACAGUGCAAAUCAGAUAAAUGUUGGUUGCGAGGUGGGGAUGGAGAAUGGAGAGGAGAUGACAGCAAUGGUGGGUACGGUGCUUGUAGAGAAUGGAGGGAUGAAGGUGCAUGGUGGAUCAGGCGACACGACCAUGUGUGGCGACGACGACGGAGCUUCCGCCGCCUGUACCCCGGCUGAGCUUGAAAGACUGCAUUUUCUUGAGGACGGCUGA